AUGAGCAGUAUCCCCAACCCAGCCAAGACUAAUGUUCCACAUCCAGCCACCAGCAGUAUCCCCAACCCAGCCAAGACUAAUGCUCCUCAUCCAGCCACCAGCACCACCAGCAGUAUCCACAACCCAGCCAAGACUAAUGCUCUACAUCCAGCCACCAGCAGUAUCCCCAACCCAGCCAAGACUAAUGCUCCACAUCCAGCCACCAGCAGUACCCCAAACCCAGUCCAGACUCAUGCUCCACAUCCAGCCACAAGCAGUAUCUCAAACCCAGUCCAGACUCAUGCUCCACAUCCAGCCACCAGCAGUAUCCCCAACCCAGCCAAGACUCAUGCUCCACAUCCAGCCACCAGCAGUACCCCAAACCCAGUCCAGACUCAUGCUCCACAUCCAGCCACCAGCAGUAUCCUCAACCCUGCCAAGACUCAUGCUCCACAUCCAGCCACCAGCAGUACCCCAAACCCAGUCCAGACUACUGCUUCACAUCUAGUCAGGAAUAAUGCCGCACAACCAGCUCUUAAUACAGCCACAGGAUGGCGUGGGACUCAAGCUAACAGACAGGAUUUCACAUUCAAAAGCAAUCAAACUUAUGACAUGUAA